CUCUCUCCCCGCCGCCCACUGCCGCUGGAGUGGUACCCUCACAAACUGUGGUGGCGUGGCGAGGGUAAAAAGGAAGGCGGCACAGGAAAGGCGAAGGAGAGAAAGUACGAGGUUUUAUAGACGGUCGACCAGAACCCAGAUGCUUGUAUGGCGACCCAACGGACCAUUCGUGUCGUUCGCUGGCGGGAUGUGGGCUCCGAGGGCGUGAUGUCAUACAUGGCCCCAAAGAUGGCAGAGAACCACCCGCUUCUUAUGUGUGGGUACUGGGCGCACCAGGUUCUCAACAAAGACGCGGCACAGCGGUGGAGCACCUUCGCCGGAAUCAAAUCAGUCUUGGCAACCCGUGGCCUGGACCAGCUGAGGGUGGAUAUUUCCUGCACCAAGAAAGGCAAUUCAUUUCGUGGCGACAAGGCCAGCCGGCAGCAAGUGAACCUGAAGCUCAUGGACAUGGUGGAGAUAGCUGAGGCCCAAGAGUUGGGACAACCGCACUGGGCAUCAUCGGACGAGGUUGGAUUGGACUACUACUUGUGCCAGUGUCCAGUUAUUUCGAGGGAGGAGGGGAAGCCGGAAGUGCUUAGCGCCAUCGCGGGCGAGUUUCGCACGCCUUCUUGUGUUGCGGAGGAAGACCUCCUCCAGAUCAACCUGUGGAUGGGGGCGAUGGAGACAACGACCAACCUACACUACGACGCCAACCACAACCUUCUCUUCGUCCUCAAGGGGAGCAAGCGGGUUGCUCUGCUGCCGCCGGACAUGACAGCCGAUGUUGACGCCAUGCCGGUGUUCUCCGAGUCCGCAAAUCACUCUGGGCUACAGCCAGCCGAAACGGCCAUACUUGUCCACGGCGACGAGGCCGCGCGGAAGGGAGCCGUAUACGCCGAUGUGGCCGAAGGGGAGGCGAUCUUCAUUCCAGAGGGGUGGUGGCACCAGGUGUUUUCGUCUCGCGGCACUGUCGCCGUCAACGUCUGGUUCAAGGGUGCGCGACCGGCGCUGUGUGAAGGCCCCUCUGGACAUAUGAGGAAUUACCACCUGAGGUGCCUUGUCGAGUCGCUUCUUGCAGACCGGCUUCGCGAGGCUACUGCUGGAGACGAAGAUAGAAGAGCAAUCAUGGCCGCGGCCGACAUCGAGGUGGCAACCGUGACGGGCGACCAUGUGCCAAAGCCCGCCGCUGACACAUCGGCGGCGGCGGCGGUAGAGCGUGAGUGGUCUCCCCUCUGCGGCCCAACCUCCACGGUCGAAGAGCGCAACUUGUACCUCAGAACCAUGGGAACGGACCGUAUGAAGGAGGAGCUCCCUAGAGUAGCCCACGAGCGCCCGCAGGACUGGGCACGGCUUGUUAGCGGCCUAGAUCCCCUCACCGCGUACGUGGUCACCACCCAGUGGGAGGCGGCAGGGGGGGCGGUUGGCAUGCCGGAAUUCUACGCUGCCAUUUUUGGGACUGGGGAGGAGAUGGCCGCGACAGGCGGCGGGGAGGAGGAUGCUCGAAAUCGGGCAGAGGGGGCGACGGCGGCGGCAACAGCAGGGGCAACGGAGACGGGCGGGACCGUUCAGCUCGCUGGGAGUGAGGGGAUUGGCAGAACGCAGCAGCCUGCUACUGGUGCUGCGUGCGACGGAGCAGUUGUCGGUGCCGGUGGUGUGGGUAGGUUUAGGGUUGAUGGCGGUGGCGCCGGUCAGGCUAGUUAUGGCAGCGGUGUGGCUAGUGGCGGCGAGGCAGCUGGCAGCGUAGCGUUAUUACCGGGGCACGUGGGAGCGGGAGAAGCAGCAGCAGCGGCAGCAGCAGCGAUAACGACGAUGAACACCGCGGUUUGGGGAGGAGACGGUGCCCGUUGUGAAGCUUCGCUGCAAGCACAACAGCAACAACUGCAAGAGAGUCAGCGGCAGCAGAAUGUUUCUCAACAAGAUGUAGGAGCUGGUGCUGCUGGUUUUGCGUCGCAAGAGGUUAGCGGUGUUGCUCUGCAGGAGCGGCUUGUGCGUUUGAGGGAGGCGUUCGUGAGGGAGCAGUGUGGCGUCGUGUUGAACCGGGCUGUGGGGUGGUGAGAACAUUAACCGUAGACGAUUCUGCCAAUAUUUUGGAGAAAACCCCCUUGGAGAGCAGUUCGCCUUCAAUUUUCUGGAAACUACCCUCCUUCGCGAAGGGUAUGCUUUUGAGACAC